CUUGGCAACUAAAGUUUAUUCCUUAUAAAUUACUAGUAAAUUGUCAAAAUAUCACCAUUUAUCAUAUUAUAAGAAUAAAUAAUAAUAAUGGUAUAAUUAAUACAUUUAACUAACCAAAAAAUAAUGACAAGCAUUCUUGAUAUUAAAAAAUAUAUUUAAUUUUAGAUAAAAAACAAAAUCAAUAUACUAGAUGUUUCAGAACUCAUGAGGCCAGAGCUGGAAUUUGCUUCCAAACAAGUUGGACAGUAUAGGGAUUACAGUAUAGAUAGUGAGGAUCCUAUCAAAGAAAGAGUGAGGAUCACAUACACAGAAAUGCAUGCCAAUCAAACGGUAGAUUAUGUAAAAAGUAAGUAGUUUUAAAUGGUAAAUAAUAGUAUACGAAUAGUUUAUGCAUGAAUAUGUAGUUUGAUGUAGUAUUAACAUUUGAGAAAUUUGAAGUUUGAGUAAAAUGUUAUCCAACUCUCAACACUUUUUAUAAUAGUUAGCUACUAGAAGCUAGAAUAUAAAAGAGCUGAUAUUGAUGGUAGUAUUGUUAUUGCUACUGUUGUAAGAGAAGUUGGAAGGUUAUGUAUCGCUUAUUUAUUUAAUUAAUAUCUGUACAUAAUAAUAAAUUAUUUUUAACAAAUACUAUUCUGAACAAAGUGCCACAAUUGAAAUGCCAUAAUUUGUAAUUUAUUAUUAUUAUAAUUUAUACAAAAAUUUCUUAAAUUUUUGUUCUACACCAAGAUCAAGUUUUUAUGAACUUUGUGAUAAAUUUUCGAGGAUAUUCGGCCACAAUUUUAUCUACAUAAAACCAAAUAAACACUUAAAAACCUAAAAUGCUUAUAAAUAGCCAAAAACCACUAGAAUAUUUUGAACAUUUUACCAUAUAUAGAAAAGGCUAAUAUAAGUAUUCUGGUGAAAUUUCAGGUCUCUACGAUUAUUUAUAAAUAAAUUAUUACAAAAUUGAAACUUUUAUUGGUGUAAAUUUGUCAGUUUUUCCUAUAUUUUUUUUCUAUUUAUUAAGUAUGUUUAAAUGACUUCCCCAAGGCACUAACUAAAUCUAAAAUGCUAUAAAAUAAUUUUUUUGAUUGAAACAAAAUUCCUAGUAUAAAAGUUGUUUAUAAACAGAAAAAAAAACACAAAUUAUUUAUUUGUAUUUUAUACAAUCAAUACAUUUCUUGUAUUCUUUCAUUCUGAGUAAAGAAACUAAAAUAACUAUAAAAAGGUUUGAAAAAAAGUUGCACAAAAGAACUUAGAAUUUCAAAAAAAAAAAAUCUUCACACAAAUACACAAUGCAGUUCUACUUAUCAUAACAUUUUGUUACGUUUUUGUAAGUAUCCUAAAAGAAAUAGAGAUAACUUAAAGAAAAUCAUAAAAGACCAUUCAUUAUAUAAACAAUCUGUAAACAGAAAUGGUUAAAAAAAAUCAUUAUAAAGUGUAUUGAAAGAAAAAUCAAACUAAAUAAGUAAAAGAGAACUAAAAUAUAGAUUCAAACUAAUUACUUAGAAGGUAAUAAGCUCAAAAAAAAGAGCUGAUAAUGGGGAUGAGUGCUGCAACUGUUGUAGGUGGGUAGUGGGAUACAUAAGGUUUAUUUUUUCAAUAUCUAUCUAUAAGCAACGAUAAACUAUUGCUGGCGAAAGACGAUUCAGAGAGCAGUUCGGUAAUACAUAAUUUAAAGUGCUGUCAUUUUUUUUUAACCUAACCUUCUUACGCUUUUUCCCGAUUAUCAUGAAAAUUAAUUCGAAAAUCAAAAAAACAAACUGCAUCAUUAAAAACGAAAUUAAUAAUUAAACAAAAGAGGUCUCUUGUUGUUUUUCAAUUAGUGCCAUAUUUGUGCUAGAAAACGUGGUAGGUACUUAUUUAAAAUAACGAAAUCAUGAAAAAAAAAAAUUUUUUUUUUCCAGGUUAAUCGUUUUUAAUUUAAAGUUACAAUAAAAGUUGUCAGAUGAUUUUGAAAAUUUUACCACUUCUAGGUAAAUCUAACAUAAUUAUUAUUACUAAGCUUCAAGUCUUUACGUAUAUUUUUAACAGAAUUACUGCAAAAAAACUUUCAACAUUUAAAAUUCCUUAAAAGCUUAAAAGUGGCUAAAAAGUUUUGGCGAUUAUACCGUAAGAAAGUAAAUCAAAAAGGCAACAAAAUAGGUGUCUUGUGAUUUUUUGAAUAAAUAAUUUUUCUAGUAAAAAACGUCGACCGUGUUUUUAUAAAAAAAUGAAAUCAUCAAAUUGUAAGUUUUCCUAUGUUUUUUCACACUUAAGUGCUUUUAUAUAAAAAUUAUGUCAAAAAUCCAGAAAUGACCCCUCUAAAGUACUAUCUAGACAACUUAAGCUUUCGGAAAAAUUGUUACACAUAAAAAUUGGAGCAAGUUUACUAACAAAAAACGUUUCUACAGACUAGAACAAAGAAAAAGAAAAGAAAUAAACAUCUUAGUAAAACCAAUAGCUCCCUAGCUACGCUCAGAAUCUUAAAAGCAAAAAUUUUAUUUACAUGGCAUUUCUAACACUAUAGUAAUAUGUUUAUUAUGAUUUGUGGUUAAGGAAAAAUGGCUCAGUGGUUAUCUUUCGACAAAUUUGAAUCGACAAUUAUGGAAGUAUUGGAAUCACUCAACGAUUUGGUAGACGAAAGCGAUCCUGAUGUAGACAUUCCCAAUAUUAUUCAUGCAUAUCAAACAGCAGAACGUAUUCGUGCCAUACAUCCUAAUCAUGAUUGGUUUCAUUUGGUUGGACUAAUACACGAUUUGGGAAAAGUAAGUACCUAGCCUACUACAAGUUCUGAGAACAGUGUAAUAUACAAGCCAAAACAAGGGUCAAUGAACUAGUUUUCAACAAAAAUAAUAUUUACAUAUGAUAUGACUAUUUAAAAUUUUUCCCUCUCAUUUAUUUUUAUAUAAACAUAAAUGCUAAGAAAGUUAUAAAAAGUUGAUGAAAUGUGUUGGACUAGAUAUGGUUGUUAAUUAAGUGAUGCUUCCACUGCUGUCAUCACAGAUGAAUUAAAAGAAACAUAAGGAGUAUCAAAUAAUUUCUGUUUUUGUACUUAGGUGAUGAUUUUUAAAGGAGAGCCUCAAUGGAGUGUGGUUGGUGAUACAUUUCCAGUUGGAUGUGCAUGGGGAAAUUCUAUAGUCUAUAGAGACACAACAUUCAAUGGAAACCCGGACACAUAUGACCCGAGAUUCAAGUAAAAUAAUUGGUUUUAUUUUGAAUUAUUCAAAUAAUAUAAUUUAUUAUUUGUAGUAUAUAUAUAUAUUUUUUAGCACAAAAAUAGGUAUUUAUGCAAAAAACUGCGGACUAAAUAAUGUUUUAAUGUCCUGGGGACAUGAUGAAUAUUUGUACAGAGUUUUAUUGCAUAACAAAACUACAAUACCAAGAAAAGGACUCCACAUGAUUAGGUAAUUAAGUGAAUAUUUAUUAUGUUUUAUUUUAGAUUCUAAGCGAAGUGAGGAAUAUAUUGGUUUUACUAUAAUGUUUAUUUCUUUUUCUUUUUUUAUACUGUGUACAAAAGUCUACCAAAAAUCUUGCUUCGAAGUAUAAAGUAUUGCACUUUAUCGGAAAGAAAAUUGUCUAGAGGUAAUUCUUUGGAAAGGUCAUUGUUUGAUUUUACCAGAAGUUUUUUCAAUAAAUGGGUUAAACCAGGAAAAUUGAUGAAAAUUAUUUUUUUAUUUAGUUAUCUUUUAUUGUAUUGUAAUUCAGUCAAAAAUAUUCAUAAAAACUUGAAAUUUUGACAGAAACUUUAUAUUUUUCUUUCAUAAACAUGGUAAAAUGUUCAAAAUAUUUGAGCCAUUUAAGCUAUUAAACAAUUUAAUUUUGAAAGUAUUUUUGUAAUAUUUAUUUAGUAAGUACUUUGUGGAUAAAAUUAUUAGACCAACAGAAAUGCUUAACAAUUUAACAGGAGGUUUAUUAUAAGUUGUACUAAAUUGCCAAGAGGAAAAAGUUGAGUUUAUUAAUCUAAUAUUUUUUUUUUUAUAAGAAUUACAAUAUUCAAUUUUUGAAAAAAUUUUUAAUACGUCUGUAAAACACGUAUAUAACCGAACUCCGCUCAGAAUCUUUAUUUUUAGCAAAGCUUAAUCGAUGCAUACAGAUUUAAAUUCCCCUUUAUUUACCUUCCCAACUUCUCACCUACAAUAAUCACUAAAGCCAUCGUGCAAAAUAAAUCUUUUUAUCAUAUAUUAUUAUAAUUAUAUUGUACAAAAUAAUUAAUAAGUAAAUGAUUGUAGAUUUCAUUCAUUUUAUCCUUGGCAUUCGGGUGGAGAUUACGAUUUCUUGUGUACUAAAGAAGAUUUGGAAAUGAAAAAAUGGGUCUUAGAAUUUAAGUAAGUAGACAUUUUUGAAUAAACAUUAAAAUACCACAGUAAAUUUAAUAAAAUCCUAAUAGUUCAAGUUGAAUUCAACUGUUUUCAAAUGAUUAAUUAUUAUUUUUUGGCGAUUUUAUUAACACAAUAGGUAGUUUAAAUAUUAAUUUUUAAUUUAUAUUAAAAUGUUAAUAAAUCAUAGUUCUUUAAAUAUAAAAUCAUAAUUAUUUUACAGAUAUAGGCAAUAUUAGUAAUAGGUAUUCUGUAUAUUUAAUCACAUUUGAUUGCAGAUAUUCAUUUAAAUUUUAAUAAAAAGUAUAGGGAAUUUAUUUCAUCUUUAGAGUUGUUUUAUAACUAUUGGUCUAUAAUUAGACAUUUGCAAACCUUUGCAAACAUUUUAAACUAGAAUAUUUAGGAAAUUAUAUUUAAUAAUGGUGACAAAUAUUAAUCUUCUAAUAUUUUAUUUUUAUAGUAAAUUUGAUUUAUACACCAAAGGAGGUACUAUACCAGAUAUUGAAGAACUGAAACCAUACUACCAAUCACUGAUUGAUAAAUACAUUCCAGGAUUAGUUAAAUGGUGAAGGUAUUUAAAUUACUUAUAUGUGUUUAGAAAACAAUUAACAUUCUAAUAAUUUUAUUUUGUUCUAUUUACAUAAUUCAAGUUAAUAAAUGUAUUAUAAUAAAAAAAAAAAAUAAAUGUAACAUUAUUUUGAUAUUUUAAUAAAUAAAUAGUAUAUUUUAAAAGUGUCUGUUUAUGAAUGGAUUACCUGGCAUGGGCAUAUUAACAGGUACAUUUGGAUAGGGCAUUGGAGCUGAUUGGUAAUAAGGUACAGGAGGAUAUCCAAUUUGUGGAUAUCCAGAAAAUGAAUGUUGGAUAUUAUCGCUUAUUGGCCUGUAGGAACUAUUGCGUCUGCUCAGCAAUUCGGUCAUUUUAUCCGCUUUAGCUUUACGCAUAUGCAUAUCCUUACGCUUUUUAAGGAACUCUUCCAAAAACCCAUCUAAGUCAGUUGCACCACUUAAAAACUGUUCAGCUAAUUUCUAAAAUAAUAAAAAUUAAUUUAAACAAUUAUUUUAUAAUUUUAUAAGAUUUAGAGCUCACAUCUGAAUCUUCUUCAGUUUCACAGGCAGAAGUUUGUAACACAGCUAAUAUAGUUUCUGGAUUCAUACUACCCAUCUGUUGU